UUCAAGUGAGCAGAUCGGAGUAAUCUUAAAGUUUUACUUUAUCCCGCGUGAAACGGCUUUAAUUCUCAUGAUCGAUGCAAAGCAUGUGAUACAAGAAAUACGAUAAAUUAUUAAAGUAAACAGAGCCUUUAUUUGGAAGAUGAGCAGUCAAAGUAAUGAAAUGGCGCUUAUGGCGCCUGCUCCACAUGAUUUCAAGGCACCCGUAUUUCCGGACAAUAAACUAGUGCUCUAUUUUCAUCCGUACAACUUUUACUCGCAAAAAGUUCUGCUGGUACUUUAUGAAAAAAAUAUAGACUUUACUCCCUACAUAAUCGAUCUUUGCAAUGGAGAGCAAUACUCCAGCUGGUUCCUAAAUCUGAAUCCCAAAGGCGAUGUGCCCGUAUUGCAGGAUGGUGUCUUUGUCAUUCCCAACUCUCCGGAGAUUAUAAGCUAUGUGGAUACAAAGUAUAGAGGAGAGGAGCAUCCAGUUUUAAAGCCAUACAAUCCAUACUCACUACAAUAUGACCAGAUGAUGGUCUUUGAGCGAGCAUUUUCUCGUGUUCCCGUAGGAACACUAAGUCUGGGAUCCCUUAUCCAUGAUGACCUAAAGCUGGUGCCAAAAGCUCCAUUUAUUGGACCCGUGCGGCAAUCCUGCCUGAAAAACAAUGACAAAGUUAUGGAACUGCUGCGUAGCUCCCUCAGCGAUCUGAACUCCCAGAACGUUGCCUUGAAGCAAAAACUGGAGAUUCAGAUGCGUCGCAAGGAUCUCGUAUCAACCAGGAGCGAAUUUCAGCGAGUGCUGGAUGCGGUUCGAAAUACUCUCCUUUUUGUGGAGCAGGAACUGUCCAAGCAGAGAGAACACUCGGAUUGGUGGCUGACUGGCGAGCAGUUUACAGUGGCCGAUGUCAGUUUGUGCCUGCUGCUGCAGCGCCUCCAUCAGCUGGGAUUCGAGAACUAUUACUGGACUAACGACAAGUUGCCGCGGGUUGAGCAAUAUUUCCAGCGCUGCAGGCUACGAGGGUCGUAUGUAAAGUUGAUGCCCAGCAGUAACUUUGAUAUCCUCAGGGAAAUGUGGAGCAUGACGCCUACAAAUUACAAGUUGGGAGCCACAGCCGGUUUCUUGGGUAUGGCCAUGUUUGCGGCAUUUGCACACAAGUAGCUGGCAAUUGUUAUUGCUUUUUAUUUUAUUGUUAUCGUUAAAGUGGGGCACAUUUAAACACAAACAUAAGAACGCUUAAAUCUACAUAAGAAUCCAAGAAAUUGGAUUUGGAUAGCACAAGUCGCAAGAAAGAGGCGUGAAGAGAGAUAGAAAUCGAAAACAGAAAACGGACUAUGAACUACAGUUAGUCAUUAAAGUGUUGUCACAAAAUCUUAAA